AUGACAAUGCGGAUGAGCGCUGCUAUCCUAUUUAUCUUCUUUAUUCUUAAUGCUUCAAAUGCUGUGAAGAAUGGAGAAUCUCAGAAGAACCCCGACCUGUCUCACUUACGAGAACAGGCAAACUCAGAGGGUGGGGUUGAUCUAUCUUUGGGUAUAGGCAAAGUCAGUAAUCAACACGAAAAGCACAUUAACCCGGCCCAUUCGAUUCGUCCAGCUCAACCUCGGCCUGUCAGAGAAUUCGAUAUGCGUACAAAAGAAUUCAAACAACUCCAAAAAAAUUAUCCUGACAUUGAUUUCAGAAGUGAAAAACAGAAAGCUAACCAAAUUUAUCAACAAGCACAUAAAAAGGAACAACUUUCCACAUUGAAUCAAGUUGAAUACGCAAAAGUACAAUCAAAAAUUUUAAAAAGUAAGAAAGAGUCUCGAGAACGUAGACUUCAAAAGCUAGGCUAUGGGUAUGGAUUAUCAGGAGAAAUUGGUAAGCUCAGGAAGAAAGAAAAGGAUGAGGGGAAAUUGUCGGUCAACGAUGCAGCAAGGCUAUCACAAUUACGGCAAAAGAAUUCCGAUAGAGUCUUCAACGCCAGACAAAAGCUCAGACUGCGAAAAGCCCAAGAAGCUAUGCUUAAGGAUACGAUACAAAAUAAAUCUAAACAAUAG